UACUGUACCGUAACUGUUCGUGUGUGCGCGCAGCUCCAACAGGAAAUGAACGCGCUUUCAUUUCCGCUGCAGCAGCUUCAACGGUCACGUCAAAAAAUAAAAGGAAAAUGUGGACGGAAAGGACGGACUAAAAGCUGGGGAGAGAUCAUCCAGACCGAUCCGCCAGCUGCUUUCUCUUCCGUAAGAAGUCGUUACCAAGCAACUGCUUGUAUUGGAGACUUCGGUCGGAACAUUUAACGUGUUUUUAAGGGUCGUUUUGAGGUGAACGUGUCCCCUUGUUGUGUGCUAAAUUAGCCAGCGUUUACCCAGUCCGCUGCUAGAGAUGGGGACGAGAGCGAGUCGCCUUCAAGACCCGGUUCCCUCUCCCUUCGGGAAAGAUGGCACAAAGCGGGAUUCCUAUCGACGACCCCGGUGUACCAGGCCCACCAGCCUUGUCGUCGACUUCUCGGUGAGCUUUGAGGAAACGGAGGCCAACAGGAGCCGAUCUGAGGAAGGGAGCGACUCGGACUUGGGGCAGCAUGGAGGGGCGAGCGCCGACGGCAGCCCCGCCGACCACCGCAGCAUACCGUCCGGCAUUAGCCAGGCGUCUCCGGGUGACGACAACAACAGCGAGGGGAAACCCGAGGAGGACGGCGGCGUGAGCCCGGGGGCCCCCGCCGAAGCGGAACGCCAAGCCGGGGAGGAAACAGGCCGCACGCCACACCGCACUUUUUCUGAAAGGCUCCCCGGAAAUCGGCACUCUUCUGCCCGCAGCGUCGGAGCCAGGUCCGCCCGGGUUCGUGGCACACACCAGCGGCCGGUGUCGGAGGCUUGGAUCGGCCUUUACCGUGUUAACAACCGACAUGGCAGUAUUCGCUGCCCUUUCUGCUCAAAGCCUUUCCCAGGCGGUCGGAUCGAGGAUCACCUGUUGAGCUGCCUCACAUCUCCUCCGCUACCUUACAACACGGACGUGCUGAGCAAAGACAGCGGGGAAUGCUCGAUCUGUCUGGAGGACCUGGUACAGGGGGAGACCAUCGCCAGGCUGGCCUGCCUCUGCGUCUACCACAAAAGCUGCAUCGACUCCUGGUCCAAAGUGAAGCCCUGCUGCCCCGAGCAUCCCUUCGAUUGACUCGCAGGUCAGGCGGUUCCAGCCCAGCGACCAGAUCGACUCAGGAGACUACACCGAAUCCCAACAAAACCACAAUAAGUAUCAAGAAUUGAACGAGCAAAAUUCAUAUUUGCGUUUCCGAUGUAAAAAGUCAGCGGGAUCUUCCUCUAUCGAUUUAAACUCGACCUGCCAAACGCUGACGUUGAAACCAGCUGCUCCGUCUAAUAACAGAGAUGUCUGUGAGUGUGUGUGUGUUUGUGUGUGUGGACUCGAAUCACCGGGGGUCAUUUAAAUAUUAUCAUCCAAGAAAACCAGAUGGAGUUUCAGUGACCAGCGCCUCUCCUGCGUGUUUCUGUCUCUGAAUCUUAUCAAGUAUUUUUGCAAAAACCAAAACAAACAAAAACAAAGUAUUGUUGCAAGUCCUACAUCGGAUGAAUGUUUCUUCUUCUCUACUUUCCCCCCCAAAUUAACCAAAUCUUCAGCUGUUACGUUUAUUUCUGCUCUGACGCGAUGAGGACCGGUGUUUGGUGGAAAGGGGGGCUGCUGCUACUCUUUCUUUCUGUGUUUUGUUGUUAUUUUUCUUGCUUUCUGUUACCUUUAAACAUUUCAGGGGAAGUUUUGGGCCUUUGUGUUUUGUUUCUUUUAAAGUCGGCCAGUUUUGUCUCCUUGUUAGCGUGGGGAUUGUUCAGGAAGAUUUCGACAGUAGCACCACGUUGGCGCCAGCUGGAGCACUUCUGUGUUAUUUCUCAUACGAUCUGGGAUGACAGUGAGCGACAGAGGGGUGAAUUUGUCCUGUGUUUGUUUGUACAUACAUUAAAGUGUGUUUGUGUUUGUUGUAAACUUCGCAGAUGUCUGGUUGGUUGGUACUUUCUAUGAAUGCAGUUUCUUUUUUUUUCUUUUUUCGCCAACGCCAGAUCGUGCCGGGACAAAUAGAUGGAUUUUUGGGGGCAUGUUUACGCCAUGUGGCAUCUGCCUCCUCUUCACAGCACUGGGGGCUAUGGACAGCUUAUGGUUAAUAAUUACAUAAGCAGCAGGCACCCUCUUCCUUUUCCACCAUGCCUUUUUAUUUUGAGCAUUUUUAGCUGACAUAUUGUUGUGAUUAUUGCUAAAUGUGUCAAGUGGCUUUCCUUUGCCUUUUUAGUGCUGAUUUGCCUUUUUUGGGCUCUUAAAUUGAGCCAGCAGAACAAACAACUGGGUUUCUUUUUAUCUGUUUCAUGGAUUUUCAACCCAGACGGUUCAGUUUUAGAGCAAAGGUGUUCAAAGUAGGGAUCCGGGGCCACUUGCGGCUCCUGGAUUGAUUUUGUGUAGCCCUCAGACCAAAAUUUGAGAAUUAUAAUCUAUUACUUUUAAAUAAAAAUCUACUUACAAAAAUGUUACACUGCAAAAAAAUAAAAAGAAUUUUAGUCUAGUUUCUAGUGCAAAUAUCUAGGUUACAUGUAAGCUAGUUUUGUCUUAUUUCAGAUGUACUUUUUAAAGUCAAUGAAUACUACUUCCACUGGAAGAUUAUUUCACUUAAAACAUGGAAAAAUGUCUUGUUGAGGUUAAAUAAUCUCAGUGGAACCAGUACUUUUUCAUCAAUAUUAAAGAAUUAUUCACUUUCAAAAAGCAAGCUCCAAUAACUUGCAAUGGUUACCUCUAUGUUAGUGUUGUUUCCUCUAGAAAUUAGACCAAAAUACUUUUGUGUUUUUGCAGCGUAUUUGAGACUUUUCUGGUUUCCUUCCGUUGUCAUGGUAACUAGGAUUGACAUAUACGCUAAAGUACAACCUGGUUCACCAAAAUCUGCUUUUAUUUGCUGUAUUAAAACUUUUUUCUCAGUUUUCUUCAAUCGAGCCCAAAAUAAUAAGCAAACUGGAUGCCUUUCGUUUAAUAAGGAAGCUUUGGAUUUACAAUCCCAUAAAAAUCAGAGUUCAUUCUUAUUGCCGAGUAGGUUAAAAAAAAAUCUACGUUUUGGUGAUUUCAGUUUUUAAUAAUUGUAGUUUUUUGUCGUGCAGACACUUCUAAUGCUGACAAUUUUGGUGAAAAGAGUUGGAUUAGUCUUGGGUUUUCUUUAAUUUCCUCCCCUGGUUCACGGUUCUCUGCAGUCUGAGGUGCUACGACUCGCCCCACCACUAGUGGGCAGCGCUGUGCAUGUUUCUCUUUUUAUAUUAAAGCAUAAAAAUAUAUAUUGGAGAAUUUUAAAAAUGGAGAAAGGAAAAAAAAGAUGCCAAAAGUGAGUGUGUGCAUUGGGAGCGUUGUGUGAGCGUGUGCAGAGGUCGAGGUGGCGUUGUGUUCGUUGUAGAGGUCAGUUAUGAUGUUGUAUUCUUUGGAUGGGGGGUGCGAUGGGGGUGUUUGUUUAUGCUCACGGAGGUUGGAUUUAACCCCCCUAAGUUACUCUCAUUUACUCUGUUACCCUCUCUAAGCUGUGUGGUGCAAUACCUCAGUUUUUUAUUUCUUUACCAAUGCUAGCUAAAUGCUCUCUGUGUUCUCCAACCAAGGAUGGUGUGUAUUUUUCUUUCUUUCUUUCUUUUUAUUAUUAUUUUUUUUAAAAGAUGUCCCUCAAAGAUUUGGUUCUGAAAUACGGGGCUCCGUGUUUUAGAUGAGAAAGUUUUAAAAAUGGGUCACAAUGGCUGAAUCUGCAUCCUCUGGAUAUGGACAAUCUGCCUUGACUCUGGUAUAAAAACAAAUUUAACUAUUUAUUAUUAUUAUUAUUAAAUUGUAAAUAUGUAAUGCAAUUCAAGAAAAUGGCUUGGUCCUUGUCUGUUCAAUUAUACUGUUUCUAAGCUCUGAUCUUUUGUAUGUCUCAGAAGUUGUUUUUAUAUGUAUUUUUUACAAUAAAUAUGUGUGAGAGAA